UUAUACAUACCCAUAUCAAUAUCAAGAAAGUGCUUUCCACACAAGUUCCACAUAGAAGCCACUAAAACAUUCCUUUUUCCAGUUCUUCAGAAAUCAGAACCCAUUGAAAAGCAUACAUUAUCUUCUUCUUCUUCCUUACUCUUCUUCAAUGGAUACUGUCCAAUGGCCACACCCAGUACAGGAGAUAGUGGUGAAGCCAAUGGAAGAAAUUCAAAACCCAUCUGCUAAUUUACAGAGAAGAGGAAUUAGGCCACCUCAGAAAGAACAAGCUGUGAAUUGUCCAAGAUGUAAUUCAACAAACACAAAAUUCUGUUAUUAUAACAAUUACAGUCUUUCUCAACCAAGAUACUUUUGUAAGACUUGUAAAAGGUAUUGGACUGAAGGUGGAUCUUUGAGAAAUAUUCCUGUUGGUGGAGCUUCAAGGAAGAACAAGAGAUCAUCAUCAUCAUCAUCAUCAUCAGUGAUGAAGAACAAGAUGCAUCAUGAUAAUCUGGUUGUGAAUCCGCCCAAGAUUAUUGAACAAGGGAGGGAUCUUAAUUUGGGUUUCCCAUCAGAGUUGAUUCAUGUUCCUGGUUUUGAUUCGAGUGAGAAUGGAAGAAACCCAUUGAAGAAUUCUUCUAGUUCGGCUUUGGAAUUGUUGACAGGGAUUAAUCUGAAUGGUGGGGGUGGGGGUAAUUUCAUGCCCAUGUCUAUUUCUGAUUCGGAUCCGAUUUACCCAUCUGGGUUUUCUCUUCAUCAUGAGUUUAAACCAACUUUGGGUUUCUCUUUAGAGGGGAUUGGGAAUUAUGGGAAUGUUCAUCAAGAUAGGAUUUUGUUUCCUUUUGAAGAUUUGAAACAGGUUUCUAAUAACAACUCUGAUCAUGGAGUAAUAGGAGGAGGAGGAGGAGGUUCUUCUUCUAGUCAUCAUGGGUAUUGGCAUGGAGUCUUGGGUGGCGGUGGAGCCGGCGCCGGCGCCGGCGAUGGUGGUGGUGGAGGAGCACCUUGGUAAAGAAACUGAGAUAGAAAAUAAUCUGGUUAAUUAAUAUUUAGUAAUUUUACCUUCUUUUUUUUUUGUUCAUUUUGUUUACAUGGUGGUGGGUGAUUUUGUUUUUUUAGAAAAUCUUGAUGGGGUUUGGUUUGAUUGUUAAUUUGCUUGCAUUUUAUUUAUGAUUAACUAACAAGAUAAUAGGAUUUU